AUGAAGUCGCUCACGGUUCUUUCGACACUCGCCGUGUCGGCGCUCGCCGCCACCAUCCCCGCGAGUAACGUCGACUACACCGGAUACAAGGUCGUUCGUAUCCCCACAGAGGAGGCCAACUAUGCAAAGGUGCUCGAUGUCAUCGAGAACUUGAAGCUGGAGACGUGGAAAUACCCCAAGGCCGCCGGCAACAAUGCCGAUAUCGUCAUCCCGCCAGGCCAGAUUGCCGCGUUCGACGCGGCGAUCUCGGGCUUGAAGACGGAGAUCAUGCACGAGGAUCUAGGUGCCUCGAUUAGCAGCGAAGCUGCUGAAGUUCGAUCACUCUCUUCCGGAGUCAAUGCCACCGAUGACUGGUUCUCAGCCUACCAUAGCUUUGCCGACCAUCUUAACUGGCUGAAGGACCUCCAGAAGCAGCAUGCCUCGAAUUCCGAGAUCAUCACCGUGGGCAACAGCCCCGAGGGCCGCCCCAUCCAGGGGAUUCACAUUUGGGGAUCUCAGAAGGGAAAACCUGCCGUUGUCUGGCACGGAACCACGCAUGCUCGUGAAUGGAUCACCACCAUGGUUGUGGAAUAUAUGACCAACAGCCUCUUCACUGAUUCAGCAGCCAAGGCCAUGCUCGAAAAAUUCGACUUCAUGAUCUUCCCCGUCGUGAACCCAGAUGGUUUUGUUUUCACACAGACCGGCAACCGCUUGUGGCGUAAGAACCGAACACCCAACCCGGGUGCUCGCUGCCCUGGUACCGAUCUCAACCGAAACUGGCCCUAUCAGUGGGAGGGACGUGGCUCGUCGCCAGACCCAUGCUCUGACACUUACAGAGGACGCGCUCCGGGUGAUGCCCCCGAGACUAAACUCUGGGUCUCUUACUUGCAAGGCCUCGUUGGCCGACAGGGUGUGAAGCAAUACGUUGACUGGCACUCGUAUGGACAGCUCUUCAUGACCCCAUACGGCUACAGCUGCUCUGCCCGCCCCCCGAACCACAACACCCUCGUCGGCCUGGCAAGCACAUUCGGCCAAGCCGCCCGCGCCGUUCACGGCAGCGCCUUCAAGACCGGCCCGAUCUGCAGCACCAUCUACCAGGCCAACGGCAACAGUGUCGACUGGGCUGCCGAUGUCGCCAAGAUCGAAAUGGCCUUCGCCGCGGAGCUCCGCGAUACCGGUCGAUUCGGUUUCGUUCUGCCCGCAAACCAGAUCGUCGCUGCUGGACAGGAGACUUGGGCUGGCGUGAAGGGGAUCUUCUCUAGGAUUUAA